GAGCCAAAGUGUUUACAUUGAAAUGAUCGGCACUUGAAUUGGCCAAUCGCCGGCGCUGUUGCAGAAUUUGUCUGGCUGGGCUGAAAGAGGCGGAGCUUGUAAAACAAUGCUUGUUUCAUUGCCUAACAGUUUACCGAGAUCUACAGAGAGGGACUUGCAAGGGUCUUUUUUAUACUCAGUGCUGGGCUACAUGUUAUCUGCGGAUGGUCUGUAAAUGGAGUAUCCAAUUUUUUUCUUGCAGACUUGUGGAUUUAACAUAAGCAGUAGUUUUUUUUUGAAAAAGUGUGACUCGCCUCUUCAAGGAAGAACUCGGUGUUUUACGACAGUAAAACGCUCUCGUUUUGUGAAACAAAACCCUUGGAUUAACCAUUACUAUAAAUGCUUCACAGUAUCUUAAAAAGGCGGGCAACUGUUUACAAAAUGGAACGUGACUCUAAGAAUCGUUUGCAAAUUGCAAAAUAUAUCAUCAAUAUUCUUUGAGAAACAGGCCCUUUCAAGAUGGGACGGCUCUUUUGAAGUUUUUUUUCCGUAUAUUCUUAGGGCAGCAAAAUGCCGGAUACAGAGAGUGAUGUACCGGGAUAUGUCGGGACUGUUUAACGGUGGAUUUUUUUCUCUCUUGGGGAAAUUCUGAUCGGAAUAUUUCUUUUAUCACGUUAGUCUGCUCUGUAUAAUGGAUGGCCGAGAUUUCGGACCCCCCAGAUCAGUUCACGAACCCCCUCCUUUGCUCUCGGGGCUGGCUAUGGAGUCGCAUCGGCUCGGUGCGGCUGCUGGAGCCGGCAGAAUACCUCCGUCCUCCGGCCACUUAGGCGCGGGGCACCCGGCGAAUCUAUAUACUGGAAAAUAUUUGCCAACUGCCAUUAACCUCCACUCUCAUCACGGUGAUGCCUUUCCAGGUGGCUCCACCUCUUUCCUCGGUGGCUAUGUAAGCUCCACCCACCCACAUGGGGCCCCCACCCCCUUGGCGUCAGAGUCCUCCUUCAGAGCCCCCAACCCCGCCGGUCUACCAAUGACGCAGCUCUGGCCGUCCCACCCCCACGAAGGCUUCCCCCCCCUACCCAGUGGCCUCUACCCCAGUCCCUAUCUCCCCCUGGCCCCCCUGGAGGCCCCUGGUAGCGUCAGCGUCCUGCACGCCCAACUGGGACCGCACAUGCUCUUUGAAUCGCAGAAAGAUGGCUUCUACCUGCCUGGGCACAGCACGCCGGCCACCCUGCACUCCCAGCCCUCCCUGUCCCGGACCCCUGCAGUACCCCUGUCCACAUCGCUGUCCCGGGAGAAGGACGUCAUCCUCCCAGGCAAAGGCUCCAAGGACGCAGGCAGGGAGAAGUCGCACAAGGGUGAGACGGGUGGGACUCUGCCACGCCGGGACAGGGAGAAGCCACGGGAUGAGGGCCGGCCACUCAGCGUGGUGGACCUGACCCAGGACCGGCCCGAGGAGGAGCGCCGGCCCCCUCACUCCUCACCAUUCUUCCCCGAGCCUGCCAUUGAGCCCAAGCCCAGGAUCCCCGCUCCACCACCUCCUUUGGUCGCCUGCAGGACUAUUGUCCCCCCCUCCAAGUACCUGGGACCUGAGCCUGAGCGGUGUUCCAGGACCGCAGGUUCCGACGAAGAUGACAAGCUGCGGAAAUGCGAACUGGCAACACGCGUGCCCUGUGUCUGCCCCUCCCCCCACGGCACGCCUGCCCCGCCCCCUCCCCGGCUGCCGCCACCCGGCCUCUUCCCCCUACAUGGCACCGCCAAAGAGCACAGAAUCAUCGCCCCCACGUUCGUGCCUUCUGUUGAGGUUUACGAUGAGAGGAGUGGCCCCAUUCAGAUCGCCUCCCAGGCCCGGGACCGGUCCGGGGAGCGGGAGUGCAGCCGGUACGAGCUAGGGCGGCACCCCCAUGCACCCGAGCCGCUGCGUGAGGAGGGCUCCGUCAUCAGGGCCAACACUGCCGCCUUGAAGAGAUUGGCAGCGCCGGAGGCGUACCCGAAGAAAGCAGGCCACAGCCCUGAAGGCAGUUUCAAGGAGGCGAGUAGAGUAGGGCCAGAGUCGGAGCCUUGGAACCCAGAGCGGGAGUGGCCACAGAGGGCACCGACGAGGGAGGCCAACAAGGUUGCCCAUGGCGCGGAGCCGUCCCAGCAGAAGCCUUUCACCUCACCGGACCUCAAGUGGAAGCCCUUCGAGAUGGGCAAUUUCGCCUCAAGCCAGAUGGCAGCGCUAAUCGCCCAGCAUGGGCAUUCGGGACGGCCAGAGGAGGAUGGAAAGAAGACCUACCUGGACCCUCCUGCGACGUCUCGGCCGGCCGGGUCCGGCUCCGAGGGCGAGGUGUCCGCCAUGCAAAGCCUGAUCAAGUACAGCGGCAGCUUCUCGCGGGACCCGGCCCGCCUGACCUCCGACUCCAAGAACCCCUUCGGGGGCCUGGGCAGCGUGAAGGUGGAGGCAGGGGCCCUGGGCUCCUCCAGGGUGCAGCACCUGCCACCCCAGCAGCCCGCCAAGCAGCUGCGCCGGGACCCUGAGCGCCCCGACAGCGCCAAGUCCUUUGGCCGCGAGAGCAUCGGCCCCCAGGGUGAGGUGGAAGUGCGGCACCCCCCCGUGGGCAUCGCUGUGGCAGUGGCUCGGCAGAGAGACAGCAGCGGAAAGCCCGGCAGCAUCAAAGCCUCGGGCCGCACGGAGGACGACAGGGCUGACGAGCGUGCCCGUCACCGUGACGACCGACUGCUGGCCGGCCGCCUGGAGAGAGAGCAGGAAAAGUUGCUACGGGAGAGUAAGGAGCUUGCAGAAUAUACGCAGAUGCCCCCCCCAGUGGCCUCUGCCAGCUCCCUGAACCCCAACCUCAUGGUGACUGGCGGCCCAGCCCUCGUUGGUGCCGGCCGCUGGCCCGCGGACCCCUCCUCCCACUUGGCCACUCACCCCUGGGUGCCCCGUGCUGGCGCUCCCCCCAUGUGGCUCCCCGGAUCACACUACGGUCUGGGACCCCACUCCCUGCACCAGGGCCUGCCCCCCGCCUACUCACCCACCCUACCUGGCUCCAUCCCGCCCCCGUACCAGUUCACCCGGGACCCCCAGUCGGGCCAGCUACUGGUCAUCCCCACCGAACACCUGCCUCACUACGCGGCCGAGCUUAUGGAGCGGGCUCCCCCACUCUGGUCUGCCAUGUACCCCCCGGCGGGCGGCGCCCUGCAGCACGCGCACCAGCUGCAGCUCCUCUCACAGCAGCAGCUGUUGCGGCAGCAGGAGCUCUACAUGAUGCAGCAGCAGGCGGCGCAGGUCAUGCAGAUGCAGCACAGCGCACACUUUGCGGAGAGAUUAAAACCAAGUGAGCAGCAGGCUGACCUGGAAGACAAGCCAGCCAAGCGGAGCAGCGACGGGCCCAAGCAGGGUCUGGGUGCAGCCGCGGCGCCGGCCCUGAGCUCCCGGAAGCCUCCAGCCCCCCCCUGCUCCCCAACAGCCUCCACCUCGUAUGCCAAGGCCCUGCUGCCACUGCCCGCCCUCCCCUCACCCAUCUCCAGCCUCAAAUCGGAGAGCCGGCCCAAAACGGAGAAACUCCUCCACCACCAAAUGUACUCGCACGGCCCCACACCGGUCCCACACCCCCCCAGCCCCGGCUCCGCCUCACCCCCACCUGCUCCCCCCAUACCCCCCAAGGAGGAGUCUGUGGAGGAGGCUGAUAAAAAGGAGCUGGACCUUCAGAAACAAGCGUCAGCCCCAUUCCAGACCCUCUACUCCGAAAUCCGUCCCAGCUACCCCUACCAGCCCAUAACCCCCCCAUUUGGCAGCCAUUACCCGUAUGUGCUUCAGCCGGCUGCGGCCGCCGAGGCCGACGGCCUGGCCCCUGAUGUGCCGCUGCAGGCCGGCGAUGAUGUCAAGCCCGCGAGGCUCUGCUCUCCGCAGAUGGUGGAGCCCCGGCCGGCAUCCCGGUGUGAGCCGGAGGAGGAGGAGCACGCAGCCCUCAAGCAGGAGCCGGGUAUGGAGGACAGCGAGGAAGGGCUGGCCCAAGGGGCACUGGUGUCGCACUGUGACAGGACAGCCUCUCCGCCUGCUGAUCGGGACAUCUCGCCCUGCCUCGAGGGACUCCCCGUGGCUCCCAUGAUGCCAGACUGCGAGGAGGACCUGGGGAAUGGGGGUGACAUGAAGGUGGAGGAUGUGGCCAUCCUAAGUUGCAAGGCUCCAGCCUGCUCUUCCCCCCUGGACACCCCCCAGGGAGAUGAAUUGUUAGGCUGCUAUACCAAGUCCCCGGCCUGCAGCCCCGCACUGCACAUGCCAGCCCAGGUGGGCUCUCUUACCGAGGAGGCCAGUCUUGGGACCCUUGACGUGAACGCCCCCUUCUGUGACGGCCCACUCUCCCUGCACCACCAGCCAUCCUCCGCUCCUCCUCUCGACAUCACGGCCGAGGACCCAAUGGCAGGCAUGAUCGCACUGGUGGCAGCCAGUGAGCUGCCCCAGGCGAUGUCCUCCCAGGCUGGCGCCGCCCUGCUGGAGCCCGGUGCCCUGCAGGGGAUGGCCCUCCUAAGCGACUUGGCUGCGCUGGAGCUGGAACGGCAGCGGGGAGAUGACCUGGGCAUGACGGCACCCUCUGCUCUAGAGAGCCUCCUGGCGGCCAGCAGGCAGGUGCUGCUAGAGGCAUUGGAGAUGCCCCCUCCAGUGAGCCUCCGCCUCCCAAGAGAGCUUGACCCCAACAAGAAAUACAGCUGGAUGCAGAAAAAGGACGAGCCGCUGUUUUCCAAGUCUGGCUUGGAGGGCAUAGAUGCCAUGGAGGUGGACUUCCGCAUGAAGCUGGCCGAGCUGCAGAGGAGGUACAAGGACAAGCAGAGGGAGCUGGGGAAGCUGCAGAGACGCCGUGACAGCGAGGAGAAGCCGGAUGAGAGGAGCAGGUGCCUGGCCAGGAGGGGCCCAGGGAGGCCCCGAAAGAGGAAACGCAGCCUGUCGUCAUCCACUGGAAAGCCGGAUGGCAAGUGUGGAAACUUUGGCCGUACCUCCCUCUUGUCUGAAGAUUCGGAGACGGGGGAGAUCCUGAGGAAACGCUUCCAGGGCACAGGUCGUGAGGAGGAUGAGGAGCUGGAAGGUGGAGUCUUGAAGACGAAGAGGAAGAACAGGAGCUGGAAUGAUCCGGAGGUUUUGUUGAGCUGUUCUCAGGAGAUGCAGAGUAAAAGCUCAAAGAAAAGGAGACUUAGCGAGCAGGAGUUGGCGACCAAGCUGGACAAGGCCUUGUCACUGACCAAGCUCAGCAAGAUCAACAAGCAUCCGUUUAAGUUUCUUGAGUGCCCCUCAGGGAAACCCCGCAUGAGCUCCAGUAGUUGUGGCAGGCUGCCUUCGCUCCAAGAAAUGGACAUGAAAGCGAGGGUGGGCAAGCAGGCGCUCUCAAAAGGCCUGGGCAUCUACGAGAAGCCUUCCAAGGGAGGUAAAAACAAAAUGGCUGCCAAAAGGAAGCACAUUGGUGAAAGCCACAAGCUGAAAGGUCAGAGUAAAGCAUCCUUCUCUCCGGCUCGCUCCGAAGUUAGCAGCUACUCCAACAACACGGACUCGGAAGAAGAGGACAAGUCUAUAAAAGCCGGGUGGCUGUCCCGGUCCGUUUUGGGCCGGCCUAACUCUCUGGCCCGGGGGUCCAGCCUGAGCAGCUCCGGGUCCCGCAAGAGUCACACGUCAUGGAAGAGGGGCACAUCGUCGGGGACUGUGAAGCCAAAACGGGAGUUGGGCAAGACGAAACACAAGCACUUUGCUUUGCUCCUGCGGGAGGCUGAGGCGUACUCCUCCGAGGACUCGUUCGACCAAGAUUACUUCUCGGAUAAGGAGGACUAUGACGAGGAAGAGGACGAGGAGGAGGAUGAGUUUGGGCUGGACGGGAGCGAUGGGCUCUGCUCGUCCUCGCUGGAGGAGAGCGGCCUGGGUAUGCUCGCUCGCUUCGCUGCCAGUGCCAUCCCCAGCCCUGUCACGCCCACGCCGCUCUCCAUUAUUCAGCUGGAGGCCAAGCAGAAGGCAAGGAAGAAGGAAGCAAGGCAGAGCCUUCUGGGUACGGAGUUUGAGUACACAGACUCAGACAGCGAUGUCAAGAUCCGUAAGAACUUCCCCUCACUGCUUCACGGGAAGAGGGCACCCCCUGAGCUGCCCCUCCUGCCCCCUGCCAGCGCCCGGCGUGAGGAUGCCAGCCCCUUCAGGCUGAAGGCGAUCGGGGGGCGGGGCCGGCGGCCCAAGAGGCUGCGCUCGCCGCGGGAGUCCAGCCUGGAGCUGGGGCCGGACGCCAGCGACGAGGACCCCUGGGCGCGCCGGCGCAGCGAGCGCAUCUUCCUCCACGAUGCCACCUCCCCCCCGGCCAAAAGCCCCCCACCUCUUCUCCCCAAAGCCAUGCGCUGUCCAAGGAAGGAGGCCGCCACGUCCCGUGAGCUCAAGGAUGCAGGAAAGAAAAAAAAGGACCCGGAGCGCCCCCUGAGCAUGUCCCCCCCGCCGUUGAGCAGCACCCCCGUGGAACCCCUCCCUGCCACGCCUGGAUCCCCCGUCUGCCUGGGUCGUAAGGGCAGGACCAAGUCCAAGCAGGGGGAGAUCAAGAAGGAGCAGCCUCGGGGGAAAGGCGGGGCCGUCAGCAAGCUGAUGGAGAGCAUGGCUGCCGACGAGGACUUCGAACCCAGCCAGGACAGCAGCUUCUCAGAGGAUGAGAACCUUCCGCAGGGGGCACCCUUGGACCGGCCUAGCACCCCCGCCCCCCAGAACUGCGUGAUCGAUAAGGAUGGUCUAAAGGACGGCCUGAGGGUGCUCAUCCCCAUGGACGACAAGCUGUUGUACGCCGGCCACGUCAGCACUGUGCACUCACCAGACAUAUACAGGGUGAUGGUGGAGGGCGAGCGGGGAAACCGACCCCACAUCUACUGCCUGGAGCAGCUGCUGCAGGAAGCGAUUAUCGACGUGAAGCCUCCAUCCGUGAGGUACCUCCCUGAAGGCACCCGCAUCGCUGCUUACUGGAGCCAGCAGUACCGCUGCCUCUACCCGGGCACUGUUGUCAGGGGAAACCCGGACGGGGACGAGGACGACGACUUGAUAACCGUGGAGUUUGAUGACGGGGACACCGGGCGGAUCCCUCUGUCUCACAUCCGCCUCCUCCCCCCCGACUACAAGAUCCAGUGUGCGGAGCCAUCUCCUGCUCUUCUGGUACCCAGCACGAAGAGGCGGGGCAGGAAGACCAGCAAGGACGUACCGGAGAGCAAAGAGGUUGAGUCGCGGGUCCCGGAGGAGGCUACCCCGAAAAGCCGGGGGAGAAAACCCAAGCCGAAGCCGGAGCCAGAGACCAUUCCGGAAGGGCAAGAUAAAGCAGCGGGUUCCUCUUCCUCAGAUACCCAGACGAAGCCCCAGGUCUCUGGAAGACCAGGACCUAGGCCGGGUCGAAAAUGCCAGGAGGCUGGGACAGCCAGGUCCUCUGUCCUGAUGUCUGGUGGACGACAGAAGAAAGCUGCAGGAGUGAAAGCUUGCACCAAAGCGUACUCCCAUCUGCAGCCUGUCUACACUGCUCCUAUGUAUGGGAAGGUCCUGCCGGUCGAUAUAUUUGCAGACUCUGCCGGUUCCCUCGGCUCCUUCGUACCAAAUAACGAAGGCGGUGGAACGGGGAAAGUCAGAUCGGUCAAGAGAGGAAAGAACAGUGAAGAUCCCCCCGAGGGUGGGCUUGGAACAAAGCCGCAGAGGAAAGCGCCUCAGGCUGAGAUUAUGAUCAAGCUGGACCACGAAGGCGUGAUGUCUCCCAAAACCAAGAAGACCAAAGCCCUGAUGAUGAUGGAAGACCAGAGCCUGUCCAAAAAAGAGCACAAGACCACGAUGGGCAUAGCGUACGGUGCCGUCCUUCCAGGGGAAACUCCUCAGAAAUCGCCCAAGGCUAAAGCUUCAGAUCUAGAUGUUCCCAAGAUGGGAAACGUUUCAGCCUAUAACAUUAGAGAGCUGGGAAGCGGGGGGGAUGGGCAGGCAAAGGCCAAGGAUGCCCAAGCGAACGAGGACGCAGAGUCUGAGAGCAGUAGCAGCAGCAGCAGCUCCAGCUCCAGCUCUGAGUCAGAAGGUGAUGAAGAAGAGAGAUCGCAGAAAAAGGAGACGCAGGAGGACGCAACUUCCAGCAGCUCCCGUGCCUCCAGUCCCGCCUCCAACUCGUCCAGCUCUUCUACCAGCAGCUCCUCAUCAUCAUCCUCUGGCUCCACCUCCUGCUCAUCAUCCUCCUCUUCAUCGUCGUCGUCGUCAUCCUCCUCCUCAUCCACGACCGACGAGGACUCUUCCUGCAGCUCCGACGAGGAGGCCCUAACCUCCCCCCAGACGUCUUCCAUGGCACAGCAGGCGUCACCCCAAAUGGGAGACCAGCAGUCCACAAAACCUCAGGCUGCUUCAUCUCCCCCCACCUCUAAAGGUCCAAGGCAGCAAGCUCCACAGAAGCAGCAAGGCAGUGGAAGGGCCAAGAGGCGCGAAGGCAUCCAUCUCCCUACUACCAAGGAGCUAGCCAAGAGGCAACGUCUGCCCUCUGUGGAGAACAGACCCAAAAUCUCUGCCUUUCUUCCAGCUAGACAGCUGUGGAAGUGGUUCGGUAAACCAACACAGAGGCGUGGAAUGAAAGGAAAGGCAAAGAAGCUUUUUUACAAAGCUAUCAUGCGCGGGAAGGAGAUGAUCCGCAUCGGAGAUUGCGCGGUGUUUCUUUCUGCCGGAAGACCCAACCUGCCAUAUAUUGGGCGCAUCCAGAGCAUGUGGGAGUCCUGGGGGAACAAUAUGGUGGUCCGAGUGAAGUGGUUCUACCAUCCCGAGGAAACUAACCCUGGGAAAAAGCUUCACGAAGGAAAGAACUGGGAUCAGAAGUCCUCAAGGGGGCUCCCUGCAGCUCUGCAAGCCUCCAACCAGAGGAAGGACUUCAUGGAGCGUGCUCUUUAUCAGUCAUCGCACAUCGAUGAAAAUGAUGUCCAGACGGUCUCUCACAAGUGUCUGGUAGUCAGCCUGGAGCAGUAUGAGCAGAUGAUCAAGACAAAGAAGUACCAGGACAGUGAAGAUCUUUACUACCUUGCUGGUACUUAUGAACCCACCACAGGGAUGAUCUUCAACACAGAUGGGGUGCCCAUCAUUUGCUGAGCUACCCAUAAACCCUCUUAUCACCUGUGACUCCUGAGAGCAGAGGUGUGGUGGUAUCUGGAGGGAAUGAAACCCAUUUCAUGAAAAAUAUUAUUCUAAGUUGUCAAAAUGUGUAGGAAUGAAUGUCCGGGAGCCACAGUGGAAUGGAGUUUACUUCUGGAACUGAGAAGUGUGGCUGAGUGUUAAGACUGCGAAGCUGACCCUCUCAGGGACAAAGGACUUUGUGUCGACUUGCCGAUUGAGUCAGAGGCUCCCUGAUUAUUUGCUCUCAGGGCAUUGCAACACAUCACACUGCGACUUGAAAUGUUUUUGAGGAAGUGAGAAUGAGGUCAAUGGCAGCUCAUUGCACGUAUGUAAAGAAAUAGUGUGCUCCUGGUGUUGUGGUGAUAUCCACAAGGAAAGUGGCUACCCGAGGGGAGGCUGAUCAGUACCUGUCACGAUUUCACGCCUAGUUUCCUUGAUUUUUUUUCCUACUGGCUUUCAUUGGUGAUAUCCAUCCUCCGGGCUUGAGAUCUCAUAGGACACUAUGACUCCAGCCUGACACCUGUAACGGCUUUGGGCCAGUGAAGGCCAAUAUCCUGGUAGACCCCCCACAGCUGAGGUCCGUUUGUCCCAGCAACCACCAGCAAACCUUGUCAGCAUGCAUCUGCAAGGCCCAGGGCCCCAUCUGUACCUAACCACCUUGGACCACUACCACCGGAUGAAAGGAACUGAUCUGCUGCUCAACAAAUAAGGUUGCAGUCUGGUUUGUUUCUCUGGCCUUUACCAUAUCAGGAUUCUUCUGGAGGAGAAACUAUGGACUGAAGCCUACAUAUCAUCUUAUACAGAAAUGUACAUUUGUAUUCUUUCACAGACUGCAGUGUAACAUCAAUGGCCUUCUGAAGACACUAAUCUGUGUUGUGAAAGGGGAACAAUGCUGACCCAAGCACUUACGGAGCCAUAGGAGAGUGAUAUUCCUCAACCCCCCACACACAAACCAGCCACGCCUGUUUUCAAAUUUUGGGAUUCUCUCAAACAUCUGCUUGAGUUUCAUGGGUGGUUACCUUACCGAAACGUAAACACUGAUUCCUUCCAGCCAACCUGGGGCAGGUGGAUGCAGCCGGACGGACUCCCCAGUGUCUUAACUGAGAGACGACAAAUGCUCCCUUUCUGAACUCAAGUUAAACUGGGCUGGAGGGGAGCUCAGUAUUUUGUGUGUAUACAUACAUAUAUAUAUAAAUAUAUAUAUAUAUAUAAGUGUAUUAUAUAUUUACGUACAGAUUCUUUUUUUAAAGAAAAGCUUUAUAAAACUGUGAAUAUAAUUUUAAAGGUAUGGAAGCCUAAGGUAGAGGGUAUUGCUUAAUCAAGUUGCUGGAUCCAGAUUUGGCUGCACAUUGCGGUAAGAAACUGUUGUCACAGAACACAAUACAGGGUUCUGCUUCAGGAGUCCUUAACAGUAUUUACUAGCUACUGUGGGUAAUGAGUACCAUUGUACCAUAGUGAGCACUUAGCUGUACUUCUUGGCCUUCUGUAGAUUUUUACAUUUUUUUUUUGUUUAAUGGACAAUUCCGAGUGUAGGUGGCUUUGUGUUAACGACCAGUCUGUCACUCUUCCCGUUGGAUCCAGAUCCGCUGAGGGAUUUGCACAAUGCUGUUCACCCAUAUUAUAACUUUUUUUUUUUCUUUUUCUUUUAACUAUGGUGUGUAGUGUCGACCACAGUAGUACACCAGUGACAAAACUAUUCUUGUAAAUUGUUGUUAUUUCUCUGGAAUGCUAUAAUUUUGUUUUUUAAUUAGGCCUUUCCGUUUUGACCUGCCUUUGGCCUCCCUGUUUUGGAUAAAAGCACUUUGAAUACAGUUGGAUGUCUGAAUGUUGCUAACCCAUGCAAGGUUUUGGUAUGCUUUAAACUUCUUGAGGAAUGUAGAAAGUGGUCUUUAUUUUUUUAUUUUUUUCCCCCCCCGGGCUUAAAAUUGAGGUGCACCUGCCUGAUCAAUUUGUCUUUUACUCAGUUCCUCUUUGCGGAGAAUCAGCCAGGUUGUAAUGAGAGUCUCUGCUUGCCUUAAACAUGGUGUCCCAGUGCCCUCGCUGGCAAGAGACACAGGUCUUUCUCAUCACAAUCAUACCCCUCCUUUGUCACUCGUCACCCAAAUCUGUGGUUCCGGAGCCUUUUUCUUUGUGUACUACUGUGUGUAGCACAGAUCCACUCAUUAGGUGACACAGUCAGAUGGCUAAGGUGUCCAUCUUCUGAGGAGGCGCCAGCUUAGCAUGUCGAUUUUGCUUCUUUUUUUGAUGGGAUGUGCUGGCAGUCUUGCCUUGGGUGCCACAUGGGCCUCAACCUGCACUCAUGAGAUUUACUUACCCAAAAUGUACCGAGGGCAGGUUGAAUAAUGAUUGGUUCAGAGAGAACCAAUCAGAUUGUAGAUAGUGGGUCCAAGCAACUAGAGGAGGCAGGAACAAGGCAUCCAAUUGGUUGGUCCUGCCUCCUCCUCGUGCUUGGACCUACCUCCUCUACAAUCUGAUUGGUUAUCUCUCUGAACCAAUCAUUUUUUUUCUCUGCCCUCCUACCCCUUUUGUGUAAGUGAAACUCCCAUGAGCUCAGUGUGCACUGCUUUCAUGCUGUACGUGAUUGCUGCAUUUCCAGUCAAUCAUCCUUUUUUGCCCUUGAAUCGGUUUUUAUAAAGUUGAGUGCAUGUCCUAAAUAAUUUUGCCGUCUACAUGCCUGAUUUUGUCCCAGUUGAUGAUUAGCCCAGGGGAUCCUGACGUGCAUUAAAUGUGUAUUUGCAGCUCAAAAAAGUGUCAGACUCACGAUCAAACAAACCCCAGUGGGGUGUUUGAGGUGGGGAGAUGAAUAAAGCCCAAGAUGUAAUCUGAGUAUUAAACCUAAUUGCCGUUGAGUUCCAAACUGGUACUGGCAGGUAGAUUUGGCAAGCUAGACACGUGCAAUUACUUCAAUAUAAAAAUACAUAUAACUUUGUUUUGUCAUGCCAGAAUAAAUGAAUGUGUUGACUCGUAUCCCAAAGGCGUUUACGCAAAUGUUUACUUGCAGAAAUACUUUAACCUGCAUCACGAAUCAUCGGUGUCCUUGAUUUUUAACACUAUGCAUAUCCCAUAAAGGCAUUUCUGCCGAGUAUUUUGGUUUUAUUGUUCCAUGUUAGUGGUAAUCUAGUAAAGCCACUCAGUUUGUUAGUAGCCUUGCUGGUAUUUGGUAGAAAGGCAGGUUAAGUCCUGUUGAGUAUUUACAGGACUGUCAGUCAAGAAAAGAAGUAUUUUUUAGAAACCCAAUGCUUUAAAGACGUUAAGCUAUUUUGUGAUAAAUCCAGUUGUAAAAGGAACCCGAAACCAGUUUUCAUCAGUGCCAAAUGAUUGUGUCUGAUUUGUUUUUCUUAGUGACUCCAGAGUACUUUGCAGUUGUUUACGUAAAUAUGCUUCUAAAAGUAUUUGGGUCUCUUCUUUCUUAAUCUAUGUGAUUUCUGCCCUUGAAGAAUGUUUCCCAAAGCUCAAUGCACUUUUACAAUCUAUUUGGAUGACGAAUGCUGCAGAAACGAAUGAUAUGGAAGUGGAGAAACCAUGAGUGAGUGAGGUACCUUUUAAAUAUUCUCAGCACUGUCCUUUCACCUGGACUUUUAAUCCUUGGUGCGCCCUUCCACCUGUGAGUGAGACGGUCUGUCCUGGUCUGCUGGAGCCUUUGUCCAAUCGGGAAGUGCUGCUCCUGUCAUUGUCAAUCUGUGAUUGGCUGCUUGCAGAUCAGGUGGCUGCAGGCCUCUGCUUAAUUAAUGUUAACCCUCUUGCUUCCUAUGGACUUUCCCAGGGUGCCCUGGUGCACACUCAUUUCAGAUGUGUCAGCAGCUCCCCCCCCCACCACCUGACAUCAGAGGCCUGGAGAGCGUCCUGCAGUGUGUGUGUGUGUGUGUGUGUGUGUGUGUGUGUGUGUGUGUCUAUAACAAGGCUCUUCAAAUCUAGCCCUUGAAUCCAAAUCCAGGCCUUGUGUUCAGUUCUACUAGGUAGUUAGUUUAAUAAUUACCGAUUCUGAUUGGCCAGAGGCUUCACACCUGGCUCACGGGAAGGAAGGCUGGAAAAUCAGCUGGGCUCGGACCUCAAGGACUGUGAUUUGAACAGCCUUGUUCUAUUAAGAGCUGUUUUCUGUCACAUCAGUGAUGUUGGAAGGCUGAAUUAUAAUUUUUUUUUUUUUGACAUUUCCGUCUCGUACUCUGUCCUAAACACUAAACGUGCAAUACUGCUGAUUUGGGUUUCGUGUGGCUGCUAGGGAGGAGUGGCGCCUUCACUGAGGGAUGAGUAAGCGAGAGAGAGCGAGCGAGCGAGCGAUGGAGAUAACCGUGGCGAGAGCAGGCUGGAGGCUGGACCUUGACCCCUUUUUAUUUGCCGUUUCUUCACCGUUAAUUAAGGUCCUGUUACAAAAAAUAAUAGUGAACCAAUGUUUAAAGAAUAAAAAAAAGAUUAUUUUGGAAAUAUAAAGCAUCCGCAUUUUAUAAAUUAUCCUUUUUUGAGAGGAGUGAUAAAUAUGAAUAUGCUACUUUGUAUAAACAUUUAAUCAUGUAAAAAUGAAUAAAUAAAAAACAUUAGAAAAUAUGAGAUGAAAUGUGGCUUGUGGUGUUUGUGUACAUAAAAUUUACUUACUUUUUUAUUACAAGUACUUCGAACGUGCGUUUCCAUUUUAAUUUGAAACCUUUCUAGUAACGGGAUUUUAUAGUUUGUUCAUCAAUAAAGAAAUGUAACAAA